AUGAGAGGACUUAUCAUACUGUCGGCGUGCUUGUUUCUGAACUGCUUCGCGAGCCCAGUUGCCCAGCUGGUCAAGGCCGUAAACGAAAAGGCGGCCUCCGAGUUGGCCACCACCGCCUACGCCCUCGAUUUGUCCGCGCCGGUUUCGCUGUCAGGAUUCCAAUGCAUACGCAACAACUACUACAACGUUGCUUUCAUCAGAGCCUAUACUCCAGUUGGCCAAGGACAAAUCGACACCUACGCAUGUGCCAACAUCCAGAACGCUUGUUGCUGUGGGAUCGGACUGAAGAUCCUACAUGACCUCUCAACCAAGAUCCGCCUAAGAACGGUGUGUCAGAAAUUAGAUGAAAUGUACAGCAAUCUAAGAAACUCGGAACCAUGUAAUUCCAUCUAUAUCGGAUCCAGGGUAACGUCCCCCGUUCAACUGGUACGUGACCAGCACACUCAACAUCAACUUCAUCAACAGCAUUCUCACCCGAGCAAAUGUAACAAUAUGGUCUGUCCAUUGGAAUCUACACAAAUAUUAAUGAAUGGAAUCAAAUCACCGGCUCGGCAACCAUCAACAACGCCAUGCUCUGGUAGGUGUCCCGGUGUUCUCACCCAUCAAAAGUGGUAUUGGAGCACAUACGGCAGUGGAGUAUCAAACGAGACUCCUGCCAACUUCAGUGACUUCCUCUCAUUUGCAGGAUGGACUUCUCCCUCAGUGAAACAAUUCGCUCAGGUCGAAAGCGUCUGCGGAAUAACUGUGAAUAGAGACAUCUACAGCACAUCGUCGGCCGCCGUCGCAGGAAUGGCUAGGCGUGAAAAAGGAGAACAACAAAUCAUCGUUGGUGGUCUCGGACUAGGAGCCGGAGCUUUCACCGGAAAAGCUGAGAUUAAACAAUAA